AUGUUCAUCUAUGGUGGUGCUAGUGUUGGUGGUUUCAAGUGGGCGUCUUCCCAAACGGCUCUUUCCCACUGGAACUCCUGGUCAUCACCUUCUGAUGAAUCUGAUGACAAUUAUGUUACUGUUUGCACCACAAACACCAACUCCAAUAACUCCGAUGCAACCCAUUUCUUCUCUCAAUUAGAUACCUUUGGGGUUGUUAGCAACCUCAACAGUCUAAGAAACGAACCCAAUUUGGCAUUUUCCUUCUUCCACCAGUUGAAGGGAGAUGGCUUCCAACACGAUGUCUUCACCUAUUCCGCGCUUAUUAGAAUUUUAUGCUCGUGGGGUUUGUAUAGGAAGCUGGAUAUUCUCUUCUUGGACCUUAUUAAGAGCUCUAAAGACCUUGGAUUUCAGUUUUCGGAUUUGUUGGAAACCAUUGCGGAGGGAAUUGAGGCUUCCCCGUCGAUGGUUCGAGCUUAUGAUGCAUUGCUUAAGUCUUUUGUCAGUUUGAACAUGUUUGAUGAGGCUAUCGAUGUUUUGUUUCAAACAAAAAGGCGUGGGUUUGUGCCGCAUGUCUUUACUAGUAAUUUUUUAAUGAACCGCUUGAUUGAGCAUGGUAAAGUGGAUAUGGCUGUGGCUAUAUACAAGCAGUUGAAACGGAUUGGUUUGAGCCCUAAUGAUUACACCUACGCAAUUGUCAUCAAGGGACUUUGCAAGAAAGGUAGCCUGGAAGAGGCUGUGGACGUGUUUCAGGAGAUGGAGAAAGCUGGGGUAACCCCUAGCGCCUUUGCCUACACAGCAUAUAUUGAAGGACUUUGCACCAAUUGUAAGUCGGAUUUAGGAUAUCAAGUGCUCCAAGCAUGCAAUGGGGCAAAUGUCCAUAUUGAUGUCUAUGCUUACAACACUGUCAUUCGUGGGUUCUGUGAUGAGAUGAAAUUUGAUGAAGCUGAAAGCAUCUUUCUUGAUAUGGAAAAGCGAGGGGUGGUCCCUGAUUCUUAUACAUAUGGUGCAAUAAUCUGUGGAUACUGCAAGAAUCGUUUUUUGUUAAAAGCUUUGACACUCCAUAAUGACAUGGUGUCGAAGGGUAUAAAAACAAAUUGUGUGAUUGUUAGCUUUAUUCUUCAGUGCAUGUGUAAGAUGGGCAUGCCUUCUGAAGCUGUGGAUUAUUUCUUAGAAUAUAAGAGCUUGGGGAUCUAUCUUGAUGAGGUUUCCUACAAUAUCGCUGUGGAUGCUUUGUGCAAGCUGGGGAAAGUGGACCAAGCCUUAGAAUUGCUUGAAGAGAUGAAGUGUAAGCAUAUGAUCUUAGAUAUUAUGCACUACACCACAUUGAUUAAAGGCUACUGUCUUCAGGGGAAUGUUGUUAAUGCUGUAAAUCUUUUGGAGGAAAUGAAGGAAAAAGGUCUAAAGCCAGACAUUACUACUUACAAUGUACUUGCUGCUGGGUUUUGUAGAAAUGGCUUGGGAGCUGAAGCACUUGACCUUUUGGAUUAUAUGGAGUCACAGGGUUUUAAACCAGACUCUGUUACACACAACAUGAUAAUUGAAAAUUUAUGUAUAGGAGGAAAAGUCAAACAAGCUGAAGCAUUUAUAAAGAGUUUGGAAUAUAAGAGUGUUGAUACCUAUUCUGCCAUGAUCAGUGGGUACUGUGAAGCCAAGGAUACAAGAAAAGCCUAUGAACUUCUUAUUAGGUUGGCAAAGGGAGGAACUUUAGUUAAAAAAGGUGUUUGCUUUAAAGUACUCAGUAACCUUUGUGUUGAAGGUGAUAAUGACAGAGCUAUUUUAUUGCUCGAGUCAAUGUUGGCCUUAAAUGUGGAACCUAGAAAAACUAUGUACAACAAAGUCAUAGCUUCUCUGUGCAAAGCUGGAGAGGUGAAAAAGGCCCAUUGGUUUUUUGAUACUUUAGUUGAGAGAGGAUUCACUCCUGAUGUCAUUAACUACACAAUGUUGAUAAAUAGCUACUGCAGGGUGAAUUGUUUGCGGGAAGCCCAUGAUCUCUUCUAUGAUAUGAAAAGGAAAGGGAUUCAACCUGAUAUCAUCACUUACACAGUCUUGCUUGAUAGUUAUUCAAAAAGAAACCUAAGAAGGGUUCACUCCCCUCUAGGCGCAAGUGGAGAUAAGAAGGAAAGGAUGAAUGCUUUCACUCUUUGGACUGAGAUGAAGGAAAUGGAAAUAAGACCUGAUGUAAUUUGUUAUACUGUUUUGAUAGACAGACAGUGUAAAACAGACAACCUUCAGGAUGCUAUUGCACUCUUUGAUGAAAUGACUAACAGAGGAUUAGAACCUGAUACAGUGACAUACACAGCUCUUCUGUCUGGCUGUUGUAAUAGGGGAGAUGUGGAUAAGGCUGUAACCCUUGUUAAUGAGAUGUCUUCUAAGGGAAUACAGCCAGAUACCCAUACACUCUUGUGCCUGGAUAGAUGCAUGAGCUGUGAAUCUAUGAAGCCCCUAAUGAUAACAAUUAUUCCACAGCUGGAGACAGGGAUAUGCAUACAUCGAGCCCUCGCCAAACCCCACACUGUCAGCUGCCUUGAGCACUGGGCCACUCGCCCCACCCCAAACUGGAUAGCCCCAUUGGCAGGAGCCUUGUACACUGGGCCACCUUGCCUGCCCCUAGCUGGAGGAGAAGAAAGCUUUGUUGGCAGGUCACCUGGAAGUGAAUCAUGCGUAGGGGAAGGGGAAAGUGAGAAUUGA